GAUAUAAGAGAUGUUUCGUGUGUAGCAGUGAUUCAACAGGCUGCUGAGAUUCAACUGGUUCUUUUUACUCGCCAUUUUCCAUCUCACCUCGUCUUUUUUCAUUCGGUUCUUGCUGAAUUCUACUCUCUUGCUGUUAUAAAAAUAUCUUAAAGGAUGAAUUUUUAUAUCACGCUCAUUAUUGUUGCAUCAGUCCUUGUUGCAAGAGGAGCUCUGGUAACAUCAGGACCUGUGUCAGAAGUUGACUGCAAUACAAUGAUAGGUAAUAGAAAAGUACAACUUCGAGAACUGUACAGAAUUUUGAUGUCUAACGGUGGUAUCCCAGGAUUCCACGAGAUGGUCCGCAAAGCUCAACGCAUACCAUCUUUGCGUCUGCGAUUCGGUAAACGCGACUUGGCACCAUGGAUGGAACCUCGACCUGCCUAUGAAGUUGAAAAAGAUCACUACACUGACUAAAAGAACUACCAAAUUCCUGUCUUUGCAUUAAGAUCUUAAUCCAGAAUUCUAGAAUUUCAUAUUCAGAUACAACUGCAUGUUGUCUUCUUAAAAAUAAAUUCGUAGAAUUUCAUGACUUAACAUUUUUUUAGUUACUUUUUAAUAAAAAGCAACUGUUUUGAAUGUUGCUUCCUUUUUAAGUUAUCGAGAACCUGAAUAUGUCAUGUAUUCAUCAUUGAAUGUAUUUCUAAUAGAAUUAGGAAGAAAAUUUUUGUUAUAUUGAUAGAAUAAAUCACUUCUUGUUCUUAUGCCCUGCAAAAGUUUUUUUUUCUUUUUUUAUAUAAGUACACAACAACAUUCUAUAAGCACUAAAAGUAU